UUUCGUCUGUUGGUUGGCAGUUUUCCACAUAACCUAGAUUGUUAUAAAUAGUUUUCUUAUUUAGUUCGACGUGAGCUCUUGUGCGUGUGCCGGCGUUCUGUUAAGCAAUUUUUACUAGAAAGCCACUGUUCCCAAUGAGGAUUGGGUUAAACACCAACAGCCCCUUUUUAGGGGGCCUACUCGUAUCAAACUACGUUAAAUCCACGGCCAACACCCCAGUGGAAAUCACUUGGGGUGCUGACACUUUUGUCGAAAACUUCGUGUGCAGAACAAGCAACGAUGUGGCCAGGGCUGUGGCGAAAUUGGCGCAGCCCCAGCUGUAUGGAAGCAGUGCUUUGGAGACUACCGAAGUUGACCACUGGCUGACCUUUGCAAUCGGGCCUUUGGAUUCCAAGUACGAAGUUUUCAAUGCCAUCCAGGUGCUGGAUAAGUGCUUGAGCCAUGUCACUUAUCUGGCCAAUAAACGCCUCAGCAUUGCUGACUUUAUUGUUUUUGCCACUUUAUAUGCCAAUGCUCAAUUCCAAGACUUGGCAUCGAAGAAAGCCAUUCCCAUUCAUGUGCAGCGAUGGUACAACUUUAUCCAGUCGCAAAGCUCGGUCGCAUUCACUUUAAACGGCCUUAGCGAUGAGCAAAAAGCCGCCCUCAGUCGCAAUUUGAAGAGCAGCAAAGCUUCGGCUGAACAAUCCCCCUCAGAAUUAACCUCGACUGGGCGAACACGCGAGGGCAAAUUCAUCGAACUGCCUGGAGCUAAAAUGGGUGAAGUUGUCGUGCGAUUUCCCCCAGAAGCUUCCGGGUAUUUACACAUAGGCCAUGCAAAAGCCGCUUUACUUAACCAGUACUAUCAGGAGACGUUCAAAGGCAAACUAAUCAUGCGCUUUGAUGACACCAAUCCUGCCAAGGAGAAUCCGCAUUUUGAAAAAGUGAUAUUAGAAGACGUUGCCAUGCUCCAGAUCAAACCGGAUCUUUUCACCCAUACUUCCCAGUACUUUGACCUGAUGUUGCAAUACUGCGAGAAAAUGAUCAAGGAGGGCAAAGCCUAUGUUGAUGAUACUGAGCCGGAACUGAUGAAGCAGGAGCGCGAGCAGAAGGUUGAGUCGGCCAAUCGGAACAAAUCUGUUGAGCAGAACCUGAAAAUCUGGGAAGAAAUGAAGAAAGGAUCCGAAGUGGGCCAGAAAUAUUGCGUGAGGGCGAAAAUCGACAUGCAAUCGGCCAAUGGAUGCAUGAGGGACCCAACAAUUUAUCGCUGCAAGAAUGAGGAACAUCCCAGGACGGGAACCACCUACAAAGUUUACCCCACGUAUGACUUUGCCUGCCCCAUUGUGGAUGCAAUCGAAGGCGUAACGCACACUCUUAGAACUAUGGAGUAUCAUGAUCGAGAUGCGCAGUUCUACUGGUUUAUUGAAGCCCUGGGGCUGCGCAAGCCUUACAUUUGGGAAUAUAGUCGCUUGUCCAUGACCAACACCGUUCUGAGUAAGCGAAAGCUCACCUGGUUUGUCGAACAGGGCCUGGUCGAUGGCUGGGACGAUCCUCGCAUGCCUACAGUACGGGGAGUGCUCAGAAGAGGCAUGACCGUGGAAGGUCUGAAGGAGUUUAUCAUCGCUCAGGGAUCGAGCAGAUCGGUGGUGUUCAUGGAAUGGGACAAAAUUUGGGCGUUUAACAAGAAAAUCAUCGAUCCAGUUGCUCCACGUUACACGGCGGUGGAUGCAGCUGAUCCGGUUCCCGUUUUGGUGAACGGGGCCAAAGAGGAACUGGUAACGGUGCCCAAACAUCCGAAAAACGCUCAAAUAGGCAACAAGGAAGUUUGGAUUGGACCGAAGGUUCUUAUCGAUCGAGAGGAUGCUGAAAGUUUGAGGCAAGGAGAAAAUGCCACCUUCAUUAACUGGGGCAAUUUGCUGAUCAAGAAGAUUAAUAGAGACGGCGACAACAAAGUGAGUUCAAUUGAAGCUGACCUGAAUCUGGACAAUAAAGACUACAAAAAGACUGCGAAAUUAACUUGGCUGGCUGACACUGCAAAGGCCAAACUUUCGCAAACCUUUUGUGUAUACUUCGAUCAUAUCAUCAGCAAGCCGUUGCUCGGCAAGGACGAGGACUUCAAGCAAUUUGUUGACCACGAAACGAGGAAAGAAGUGGAGGUUCUGGGCGAUCCUGAGCUGCGCAAGCUGAACAAGGGCGACAUCAUCCAGUUGCAGCGCAAGGGCUUCUUUAAGGUCGACAGAGCUUAUGAGUCGGCCACCCUAUUCAGCUGCCGUGAGCAGCCAGUUGUACUGUUUUACGUGCCUGAUGGCAGCUCCAAAGAAUCAUCGAUUGCAGGGGCAACGCCCAAAUCCAAAACGAAGUCACCUAGUGCAGCUCCUUUGGCAGAGCUGAAUGAGAAGAUAACCAAGCAGGGCGAUAUUGUGCGCGCCCUUAAGGCUCAAAAGGCCAACAAGGCUGAAAUUGAUACGACUGUCAAGGCACUUCUUGCGCUCAAGGCUGACUUUAAGAAGAUAACUGGCGCCGAUUGGAAUCCAGUCAGUGUGGCAGCUGCCAGCUCACAACCUUCUGAGGAACAAUUAGGCGCUAAAGUACAAGCUCAAGCUGACAAGGUGAGGAAAGUGAAAAGUGAGAAGGCAGAUAAAGCUGUUGUAGACGCCGAAGUGAAACUGCUCUUGGCUCUUAAAGCCGAGUUUAAACAAGCGACGGGCAAAGAUUGGGUUGCUGGGACUUUAGCAGCCACUCCUGUUGCUGCCGGCUCUGAAUCGAGUGCCAUCCUGCAGAAAAUAGCUGAGCAGGGUGAUAAAGUGCGCGAGCUUAAAGACAAUAAAGCCGAGAAAUCUGCGACGGAUGCUGCUGUAAAGGCUUUGUUGGAUCUUAAGGGCGAGUAUAAAGCAGCAACUGGAGAAAGCUGGAAGCCAGGGCUUGUGGGCUCUGCCCCUGUAAAAACCGAACCACAAACUCCAUCUGGAGGCAAAUUGAAUGGCAGUUCUUUACUGGAACAAAUCGCCAGUCAAGGCGAUAAAGUGCGAGAACUUAAAGUGAAAAAGGCCGAAAAAGCCGAAGUCGACGCAGCAGUAAAGGUGUUGUUGGCUCUCAAGGCCGAUUACAAGGACGCUACGGGAGAAACUUGGAAGCCGGGAAAGCCUGUGCCCUCUGUAAACAGUGAACCAACAACUCCAACUGACAAGAAGUUGAACGGAAAUUCUUUACUGGAACAAAUCGCCAGUCAGGGUGACAAAGUGCGCCAGUUAAAGUCUGCCAAAGCAGACAAAGCUGCAGUGGAUGCAGAGGUUAAGCAGCUCUUAAAGUUGAAAGAGGAGUUCAAAGCGGUAACAAAUACAGAGUGGAAGCCCGGUAUGAAACCUUCAGUUUCUGCUGAUUCUCCGGCCGGUGCAAGUGGAGAUGCUUCCAAAGAUGUUCUGGUAGUGAAGGUCAAUGAGCAAGGGAACGUCGUCAGAGACCUAAAGGCCAAAAAGGCCGGCAAGGAGGAAAUCGACGCUGCAGUCAAAACUCUACUGGAGCUGAAAGCCCAGUACAAGUCGGUAACUGGAGAAGAUUUUCCGGCGCCUGGUAAAGCUCCAACUAAGCCGAAGGAGAAUAAGCCCAAGGAGAAAGUUGCCAAGCAAAAGCCAGCACAAAAAGAAAAAUCGCCAGUUGAUGCAACUCAAGGCGGUCCUAAGAAGCAAACUAGAUUGGGUUUGGAGGUGCGUAAGGAAGAUUCGCUUUCCGAUUGGUACUCCCAAGUCAUUACUAAGGGGGAAAUGAUCGAGUAUUACGACGUAUCGGGUUGCUAUAUAUUCCGGCCGUGGUCUUAUGCCAUCUGGGAGGCGAUCAAAGACUGGUUCGACGCGGAAAUAAAAAAGCUGGACGUCCAAAACUGCUACUUUCCGAUCUUUGUUUCGAAAAGCGUUCUGGAGAAGGAAAAAACCCAUAUUGCGGACUUUGCUCCAGAGGUAGCCUGGGUGACUAAAUCCGGCGACUCCGACUUGGCAGAGCCGAUUGCAGUGCGCCCAACCUCCGAAACGGUCAUGUAUCCUGCCUAUGCCAAGUGGAUACAGUCUUAUCGCGAUCUUCCCAUUAAGCUCAACCAGUGGAACAACGUUGUGAGGUGGGAAUUCAAACAUCCGCAACCAUUCCUACGCACCAGGGAGUUCUUGUGGCAGGAGGGCCAUUCGGCAUACGCUCUCAAAGAAGAGGCUGAUGUGGAGGUGAAAACCAUUUUGGAUUUAUACGGACAAAUCUACGAGGAUCUGCUGGCUAUACCAGUCAUCAAAGGCAGGAAGACCGAGAAGGAGAAGUUUGCAGGCGGCGACUAUACGCUUACAGUUGAGGCGUUCGUAUCCGCCAGUGGACGGGGCAUUCAAGGCGCCACUUCUCAUCAUUUAGGCCAAAACUUCUCCAAGAUGUUCGACAUUGUGUAUGAAGAUCCGGAAACGCAGGAGAAACAGUUUGUGUUUCAGAACUCCUGGGGAAUCACCACUAGGACUAUUGGUGUGAUGAUAAUGGUUCAUGCAGAUAACAAAGGGCUGGUUUUACCGCCAAAAGUUGCAAGCGUGCAAGUUGUGAUUGUGCCCUGCGGAAUAACGGCCAGUUUGUCCGAGGAUGGCAAGAAAAAGUUGCAGGAAUACUGCGACAGUGUGGAAAGUGACUUGAAAGAGGCCGGAGUCAAAGUUAGGGGCGACUACAGGCAAAACUAUUCGCCAGGAUGGAAGUUUAACCAUUGGGAAUUGAAGGGAGUUCCAAUCAGGAUGGAAAUCGGUCCAGUGGAUGUGGAAAAGAACCAAUUUGUAGCAGUGCGAAGAGACACUGGAGAGAAAAUAAUCGAAAAGCGAUCAGCUGCUACUGGUUACGUGAAGCAACUGCUGAAGGACAUCCAGAGCAACUUGUUCAAUAAAGCACUAGCUGAUCUGUCAGCUAACCAAGUGACCCUGACUGACUGGGCACAGUUUGCUGGAACUUUGGACCAGAAAAAAAUUAUUUUAGCCCCAUUUUGCGGCGAGAGCGAUUGCGAAGAUAAGAUCAAAACAGAUAGUACCAGGGAUGAAGAUGCGGAGCCCGGCGCUCCCUCUAUGGGCGCCAAGUCGUUAUGUAUUCCUCUGGAUCAGCCGGCCCCGAUCUCGUCCUCAGAUCGAUGCAUUCAUCCAGAUUGCAAAAACUCGCCCAAGUUUUAUACUUUGUUCGGACGCAGUUAUUAGGGAAGUUUGAUUAAUAAAAUCUACUGAUGAAAG